CUGUAUACAAGGCCGGAACAUCAUAAACACAGUCGAGGAUAGGAUUUAAUCAGAUGAUUCAGGAAACUUGUAGAAGUCUAAUACUCUGUUUGAGUUAAUAGGGUGUGAUUUGUGGUAUUACCAAGAUGGAAAAGUGGGUGGCGGAAAACGUAAAAAAACAAGGUCAAGGACGACCACUGUAUAAAUUAGUGGAUAUGGACGGUGGAGGAGAACUGAUAAAAUUAAUGGAACUGGCUUCACGCAAUCACGAUUAUUCUACAUUAGACAACGAAAUAAGAAAUAUACGGGAAUAUCUGUACGCGGAUGGAGACGGAGAAUUUGUAAAUAUAUCCAAACUAAUCGAAUACAGGAAAUCCCAAGAAGACAAAUUUCUUGCAAACAAAGAAAAAACACGAACCGAUUCGGGUAAACAACGUGAAUUAUGUUGGAAUUUGGACAAACGUGGUACGGUAGGCGAGACAAUCCUUCACCUGUGUUUCCUGAACCCAAAAAAGACUCACAGAGAACUGGCCAAACGUCUGCUGGACAUUUACCCCAGUCUGGUGAAAGAUAUUUACAACAGUGGCGAAUACUACGGCGAGAAUGUACUACAUAUGGCGAUUGCAAAUGAGGAUAGUGAAAUGGUGAAGUUUGUUUUAGAUAAAGGGGCUGAUUGUCGAGCCCGAGCUUGUGGACGAUUCUUCUUUCCUAAAGAUCAGAAAAAAUCCCUAACUGAUGAUCCACCUAAUGAAUGGUUCAAGGUCGUCUCGACAAAAACAAACUAUAAGGGCAUCGCUUACUUCGGAGAAUAUCCUCUCAGUUUUGCUGUAAGUUUACAUAAACCAUGUUCAGAUUCAGACAAAUCAAGUUCAGGUUCCGACAAAUCAGAUUAUAUUUCAUGGAUUCUAGAGAAAGAUAGAGAAACGAAGAAGCCUGACGAACCACCUUUGAUUAACUUACAAGAUUCUAAUGGUAAUACGGUAUUACAUAUGGCCGUUAUACAUGAUAAAAGGGAACUGCUUCAACGUUUACUGAAUGAAGGUGCAGAUCUGAACAUUAAAAACAAGCAAGGAUUAACACCGUUAACACUGGCAGCAAAACUGGCCAGAAAGGAGAUGUUUGAAUCAAUUCUGGAGUUAGAGAGAACAGAGUUCUGGAGAUUUGGGGAUGUUUUGUGUGCUGGCUAUCCUCUAGAAGAUUUUGAUACGAUCUCAAAGAGUGGCAAAAUUAACCACAAUUCAGCUCUCAGUCUGAUUGUUUAUGGGGAAGAACAAUCACAUAUUAAUAUGAUGGAUGGAUUGGUCAAGAAUAUGCUGACAGAUAAAUGGAAAAUAUAUAUUCGACAAAAGUUUUAUCUAAGAUGUGUGCUGUUUGCGAUAUACUAUGUGAUGGCAGCGAUUGCCAUAGGAUUAAGACCAGGGAAGGAUUAUUGUAUCGAUAGGACGGUGCCAGUUAAUCCGGAUUAUUGUAAUCGAUCUGGGAUCAAUAUAUCCGUUAACUCCUGUUAUCUUUAUAAACCGUAUAGAAAGAAAGACACCGUACGGAUCGUCCUAGAAGAUUACCCAUGUUUUUGA